AACCUCGCAUUAUUUCUCCACUAUCCAGGAUCAAAAUGUACGCAGCAAGCUCAGCAAUAUCAGAUACAGAUGCUGCUCUUUUAGAGUGUAUCCGCCAGCAUCUUCUCGAUGACGAUGAUGACUUCGAAACCCUGACGAAAAUCGCCCGAAAUGUUCCAUUCGAUUGCCCGGAUUCAAGUUUCCACAUGUCCUCGUCUCCGGAGACGACAUUGUCGUUCGAAGCGAAUGAAGACGAUGACAACGUCGACAUCUAUCCUGACCCCAUGAAAGACGCCGUCGGGUCCAAAUCACCCAGUUCGUUGAAUGAGCAGCCGGUCAUGGAGGAUCACGGUGACGUUGAAGUGAAUGAGGCACUGCACGGAGGGUCACGCUACCGGGGAGUGAGGAGACGGCCGUGGGGGACAUAUGCGGCAGAGAUUCGGGACCCGAAGAAGAAUGGUGCCAGGAGGUGGCUUGGGACCUACGAGACGCCGCGGGAGGCUGCGCUGGCUUACGACCGGGCUGCCUUCGCUAUGCGCGGGGCCAAGGCCCGGUUGAAUUUCCCGCACCUGAUCAGCUGCGACGAGGCAGAGCCAGUGAGGGUGACUCGGAAGCAGCACCGCUCGCCUGACGCUGAGAGCGGCUCGCCGGAUCCGAAGUGGAGAAAGGAGGAUUUGACUGGGUUGGCCAGCGACCCCGACGAGCUCAAUGGCUAUGUGCUGUCGUUUCAAUAGAGUGGGACUCGAAAUUAAAAAAGAAAGAUGUCAGGUUUUGUGUGAUGAUUUUUAG